AUGGCAAAGUUAAUACAGAAAACUAAAUUCUUGCUGCGUGGAGGUGGCUGUGGAACUUCAUAAAUGAUAUAAUACAGAUAAAAAACAAAAAUAUCUAAAAAAGACAAAGAUUAAGACAUAGAUAAUUUCAUCUCCAGAUUCAAUUUCUAUGUUGAACAAAUCUUCACAAAACCUGCUGUUGCUACAAAUUAAUAAGAAUCUCAAGAAAUAAUGAUAGCCAUACAGUGGUUUAUUUACUAAGAGGAAAUUAUCUACAAGCUUAACAAGAAUGCUGCGAAGGUUAUGAAAUCUUACGACUUAAUAUUAGAAGGAAUCCGAAAAUUAUUAAAAAGCUGUUUGAUCUACAUCAGAACAGAUUAGUUUAAAUGUUAUUAUAUCAUAUAGAUUAUUACAUCUCUAUCUAAAGUUAUAUUUAGUUUUCAUAUUAUGAAUGAUGAGAGAUUUAUGAAAUGCGAUGUAUAAAAGGAAUUUCUUAAUAUUACUUGUGAAUUAAAAUAAUAAAUGGAAAUAGAGAAGAAUGAUUUAACUCAAAUAUAAAUGGAAAUUUAUCUUUUCCUAACCAAAACUUCUUUCGAAAUGGUUCCAAAUAACAGUAACGAAAAGGAAGAAAUUUUAAAAGGAUGUUUGAAUGGUAUAAUUACAUCAAUAAAAUAAAUGAAACCUAGCGCUGAGUUGUUUGAAGCUUUAUUUUAGGGAGCCUGUCUUCUUUACAAAAUGAAUUCAAUUUAGAACAAUAGAAAAUAAUAUGAAGUUUAUUUUUAAAUAGACAUGUUAUAAUGGGAAAUAAUAAAAUAUUUUUCAAAUGAAGAACACAAUCUUGGAGAGGUAAUUUCAAAAAUUCAAACUGUACAUGAAAAACUUGUGAAAAAUUCAAAUAGUUGGAAAAACCAUUUUUUGUGGAUUUAAAUGAUUGGGAAAAUUUCGGUAUAUCAUCCUAAAUUAACAGAGCAUAAAUUAAAUCAGCUGACUUCCUCUUACGGCUUUAGUUCAAAAGAAAUUUGGAAGCAAUAUUUGAACAAUGGGUUACUAAUUUAAAUGAACUACUGUAAUGCUGAAGCUAUUAUUUAGCUUAACUAAUUUAAAAAAAAAUAAUUACUUUAACUUGAUAGAAGAAUAUUAGAAGACUGCUUUAAAGAAUGGGAAAAUUUCAUAUUAUUAUAAGAUUUCUUAUUGAAUGAAUAAAACUCAAAUGUCCUUUUCACCUUUCAAGCUUAUCUAAAAUGUAAAUUCGAGCUAGGAAGUGUCUAAGCUUAAAAAGAUAAUAAUCUUUUGAAAGUGAUUCAAAUCUAAAAUUUUUUUAGAUUUCAUUAUUUCUGA